UUAAAGUGCGGCCGCUCUGGCUGUCAGCUCCAUGCCCUCACUGUCUCUGCGGAGGUUUGGCUGAAGACGAAGAAGAGCAUGGGCACAGGGGAUUACAUCUGCGUGACGGUGCGUGGUGGUGCACCUUGGGGAUUCACCCUGCGAGAGGGAGAGGGUGACACCUACAGACCUUUCUUAAUUUCCCAGGUAGAGGAAGGUGGCCAUGCUUUCUUGGCUGGAGUGCAGGAAGGUGAUGAGGUGGUGUCACUCAAUGGAGAGCCGUGUGCUGAUCUCUCCCUUUUACGAGCCUUUGCCCUCAUUGACACAUCAAUUGACUGCCUGCAGCUUCUUCUCAAAAGAUUCUGCCCCAUGUCUAGCAGAGACCUUGAAUCAGAAGAAACCUACUGUAGUGAGAGAGAGUCUUCAGGUGAUGGUUUAGCGAGCACCACCCUCCACAUUAUAUCUCAAAAGCACAGGUCCCAAAGCCCAACAGAACUCUACAUAUCUGAGUCACAAAAUGAGGCCCACUAUGGGGAGAUGGACAGCAUUAUGACAUUACCAAAGGGACCCGAUCGGCUUUGCACCCAGCUACAUGCUCCGCCACCUGACCAGAGAGGUCGAGAAUCCGAUUUUAAGGAAAAUGAAGAACAGCGCUGCUUCUCCCCUGGAGACAUGGUCGAACUCCAGGUGUCCCUGUCUGAGCAAAGGUUGGAUGACACGAGCUGCACCUCUCUCGGGAGUGCUCAUGGGAUCGAGGGGGAAUUAUCAAACAGAGAGGCUGUUGAGACUCACUCUAUACCACUCUCUGUCAGAGAGCCACUUGGCCAGCAUGGGGUGGUGCUCAGCCACCCUUCGAUGCUGGGGCAGGUGGAGGUCAUUUUGCAGCAGCCGUCAGCAUCAGGAGCAGGGAGGGGCAUCCUGAGUGUGGGUGGCCCCAGGGUCAGUGGAAGUGUUGGAUCCCAAAGUGAAGGAGAAGAAGGAGGAGGGCACAAUGAGGGACUUCCUGGGUCUUUUACGGUCUCAUUUGGAAUUCCCACAGGAGAGGCAACACCAGCAGUAGAGGAGCACUCUGAUUCUGAAGGGGAUCAAGACAAACCUAACAAGCAUCGGGCAAGGCACUCUAGGCUCAGGCGUAGCGAGAGUUUGUCUGAUAAGCAGGUGAAGGAGGCCAAGUCCAAAUGUAAACGUAUUGCUCUCCUUCUUACGGCUGCUCCACCCAACCCCAACAACAAGGGGGUGUUGAUGUUCAAGAAACAUCGGCAGAGAGCCAAAAAAUACACAAUUGUGAGCUACGGCACUGGAGAGGACGAACCAGAGAACAGUGACGAAGAGGACGAAGAAAACGACGGACAAGAAACACAUACUGUUGAAUUUACCCUUGUGGCUCCUAAAGGGACUGAAAUAGAUAAGCAUUUCCUCACUAAUGCCCAUAGUAGAGAAGGUGUGCUGACUAUCAACUGGGACAAGGGUCUUCUUGAGAUUGAAAGGAACCUAAACAACCAAUCAGAGAUGGAGAGUUUGCCUGACACCAAGGGUAAGGGUGCCCUUAUGUUUGCCCAACGGCGUCAGAGGAUGGAUGAGAUUGCUGCUGAACAUGAGGAGCUUAGGCGUCAUGGGAUUCCCGUGGAAGGAGUGCAGGAGACUGAGAAGAAGACAGUGGAGCAAUCCUACAUGCAGUCAGCCACAGAGGGUCAUGCAUACAUGGAUGUAACUACACAUCAGCAAAGCCAACAACAACAGUACCAGCAAUAUCAAGAACAACAGUACUAUGAGCAACAACCAAGCUAUCAACAACCUCAACAGAGCUACCAACAUCAACAACAGAACUAUCAACAACAACAACGACAAUAUGAACAACAGUAUCAGCAACAGCAGUAUGAACAGCAGCAUUAUCAACAGCAAAUGUAUCAGCAGCAACAAGAAUAUCAUCAAGAACAACAGCACAUGAAGCACUAUUCUACAAACAUCAAUGGCACAGUCCAACAUCAAACCAGUGAAAGUUCUUUCACCAAUCGCACUGCAAAGCCUUUCUCAGUUGGAAAUGUGAUGGCUUCCCCUUAUUCUCCUGCAAUGAGUGGGACCAAUCAAGAUUCUGUGGGCCAAGAGCAAAUAGCAUCACGCGAUGAGCGCAUUUCUACCCCUGCAAUUCGGACUGGCGUUCUCCAGGAUACAAGGAGGAAAAACACUGGCAAGCCAAUGUUCACAUUUAAAGAUGCACCAAAAGUAUCACCUAACCCAGCAUUACUGAACCUCCUCAACAGGCCUGGUAAGAAGCUGGGUUUUGAGUCAGGACCUGAGGAAGACUAUCUUAGCCUUGGGGCAGAGGCUUGUAAUUUCCUCCAGUCUUCAUCUGUUAAACAUAAGAAUCCACCACCAGUGGCUCCAAAGCCUAUGAUAAACCCCAAUUCUCCUCCUUGGUCCUCACAGAUGGAAAUGAACAACCAGGACACAGCUCAGCAUGCUGAAAAUAGUGUAUCCACACCUGCUGUAGCCCCCACCACAGAUGCCACCCCUGCACCAGAGCUGGAGCCAACCCCUGCACCUGCUCCUAAGCCCUCACCCCCUCCUGCCCCCCAGGAGGCUCCUGCCAGCAUUACCACAGAGGAACAGCACACAUGGACACUCCCAGAGGCUGAAUCUCAAGAACAAUCCAUGCAAGUGACAGCCCAGGAGGAAAAUAGUCGUAUAAAUUCUACUUUGCAGUCGGAGCAAGGUGCUGGGACUACAUGGGCUGUAACUCAAUCACAGUCACAGCAGCCAUCCACCACCUCCUGGAAUCCAGCUAAAAUGCAACCCCGGGAACCACCUCCAAAUCAGACUCCACCACAGGAACAUUGGGUAACACAACAGACUCAAGUGCAGCCUCAUUCCUCUGCAGCUACUUGGACCCCUGCAAGUCAGCCAUCCUGGAGUCAGCCUCAAGAGCAAGCACAAAUCCAUAUUCAUGAUCAGCCACACUGGGCCCAGCCUGUAGAGCAACCACAGCCUGAGCCUCAGGUUCAGUCACACCAGAGCCAGCCAGUAGAGCAGCCUCCGUCAAAGCCACAGGUUCAGCCACGCUGGGCUCAGCCUGUAGAACAACCACAGAGUCAGACACAGAUACAGCCCCCCUGGGCACAUUCUCAUGAACAGCCACGUGUGCAGCAAAUGCAACUAUCUUGGGGUCAGCCUCAAGAACCGGUGCAGCAACAGGCCCAAGCCCCAUGGGCACAGCCAUUAGAAAAACAAUCUCUGCAUCAACCAUCAUGGCAGUCACCCCAACAAAAUCCACAAGAACAACCUACAUGGGUUAGACAGGUUCAACCAGAAUCUCAACCACAGCCACCAUGGGCUCAGCAACCACAGCAACAGGCUCCACAACAAGCAUGGCCACAGGCCCAAUCACCAGAACAACCUCUACCACCUUGGGUCUCAGCUCAGCCUCAACAUUCACAGCAACGUAAUGCAUGGCCCCCAUCACAUGCUCAACCCGAAACUCAGCCAUCUUGGAUGCAAGCAACACAAGCACAAGCUCAAGUGCAAACUCAGGCCAAUUUGAAUCCAUGGGCACCAGUAACUACCCAGUCUCACUCCCAACCAUCAUGGACCCAGCACCCUCCAGAACAAAGUCAGAACACCAUGCAGUCAUGGGCCCAAGAGCAAAAUCAACCACCUUGGGCUCAACGAGUUCCCGCACAGUCUUCACCACAGCCAAAUACAGUCUGGCCUCCAGCUCAGUCACAGCCUCAGACAAUUGUGAAUGCUUGGGCGCCAGAGUCAAAGCAAACACCCGUGCAUGUUUCCACAUCAAUGGUUAACGAUCGCCCUUCUCCAAAACCUUGGCAUCCACCACAAAAUCCCACACAAAACCGUACCCCACCACCUCCACCACAGCGAAUGCACUCUUUUACCACUGGUCAAAGAGCUUCAUCACUGAUCAACCCAAUGGCCACUACCUUAAACCCAUCAUCUGCAGGUCCAGCUUAUGAGAUGCCAGUUGUCAGAGGGAAAGGAGCUGAAAUGUUUGCCAAGAGGCAGUCUCGUAUGGAAAAGUUUGUUGUGGACUCUGAGACUGUGCAAGCAAACAAGGCAACCCGGUCGUCAUCGCCAACUGCUUCCUUACCAAAUGAGUGGAAGUAUUCCCCAAACGCACUUGGCAGGAGCUACUCACUUUCUCCACCAGUCAGAGUACUACCCACAGGCCAGAAGUCAGCCUCGACCUCUUCUUCGCCAAAACCUCCAACUUGGGCCUCAACUACUCCCCCAGCACGGCAGAAAUCUUGGCUGGAGAAGGGCCACAAACCCCUUUCACCCUGGGAGGCUGCUUCCCGUCACCCCCUGGGCUUGGUGGAUGAAGCCUUUGCUUCCCAGAAUCUCUACCAAACCCUCGCCUUAGACAUCUGUUUGGCAGCCCAGCGCAAAAUGCUGCCUGAGCCGCCAGCAGAGUGGAAGUCCACAAUGUCUUACCAAGCCCCAAAGAAAAAAGGCAGCCAGACUUGGAGCCCAAGCCAAAGCCGCAGUCAGAGGCGAGCUCCCCUGCCAUCUUUCGUCUCCCCGGCAAAGACUGCUGUCUCCACUCCCACUGGUCAUGCUGGUUACGGUUCCCUGCCUAGACAGUGGCAGCCUCAGCAGUCUGUGACAGAGGCCAUGAUGAAGGCCCCUGUGUCCUCCUCUGAGUAUAAGAGGCCCAUGGGAAAGCAAACUUACAAGUCUGUGUACACUAGCAACACAUGGAGCUGGAGACGGUAGGACACACUUAACCUUUGUGACCACAUGCAUAUCUAUGCAAAUAUAGCGACAACUUCAUCAGUUUCAAAGCAGACUAUAUUGUAAGUAAGUGCUGAGCAAGUAGAGUAAUAGAGUAUGGGGUGCCGUUUGUAAAUCGGCUCAUACUGAAAAUAACUGCAACAUUUUGUCACAUUUAGCUUCAAACAUCCUUCCAUUAUCUACCUCUUUAUCCUCCACCAGAGGGUCGUGAAAUGUAUUAAAUAGUUAAAUCUAAAUAUUAAAUACACCUAAAUGUUAAAUCUAAAUCUAAAUGCUAAAUCUAAAUAUUUUGGGUGAAACUAAAUAUUUGGCUAAUAUGCACAUUCACACAGCCAGUAACCGGAAGUACCAAAAUAAAAGCUUGUAGAGGUCAGGCUGUGUUUAUAAAAUAAUACUAUAAACAAAUAAUGAAUUAAAACCACAUUAGAGGGGGAAAUAAACACUUGAACAUACAUUAACGUGAUAAUAACUACCUAAUAUAACAACAAAUGUUCACUUUGGCUGAGCUGUCAUGUCUGCUUUUAUAAAGGCCAGCACUAACCUCCCCUCGUUCCCGCCCCCGCCCACCCCUAUAGUGGUACACUCCACUGUCAGUCACUUUCUCUACGUUAGCCCAUGGAUGCUCGCCCAGCGGCCCUACUAGCUACAUAUCAACAUGUUCAACGGCGGUUCAGCGUUUGCCGAAGAUAUCGGAAGGGCCGUUUUGGCGGCAAUACAAAAUUUUAGAAGUUCAUUGUCAGCAUCCGCCACAGGGCCACCACAGCACUCGGUAAGUUUGUUUUCCAACUCGCGUAGCAUUGGUUUCUUAUUAAGGCUAACUUAACUUGCUAAAGUUAUUUUUAUGCUAAAAAGUGACUUUCAAAAAUUCACACCAAUUAUUUCAAACAUUGUUAUUUUCAACAUGAGCCUCUUUACAAACAGCAACCCAUAAUAGAGUUUUGGAAGAUUGUUGGAUUUAAUCUGGUUUUAAUUAAUUUCAUGAAAAAAAAGAUUCUCAUAAAUAUUUAGCAUAACAGAUUGAGAUGAAAUAUUUGCAUGAGACAAUCAAAUGUUAAGAUGACUUAUGAAAUGAUGUUUGGAGACUUCAAAUAGGAUUGAAGCAACAUUUAGAUGACGGUUGUCAUGCUUGGUGAAUAUAAGUGCAAGUUAAGUAUAGAAAUUGUGACUGCAAAUGGGCAUGUUAUGUGCUGAAUUAGUGGAAGGUUUGAAGUGAUUAUUUAGAAAACAGCAUAUGUGGAGAUGAUGGUAAUAGCUGACUGUUCAGUGAACCUUUCAGAAUGUACAACGUUGGGUUUUUCUAAAAACAGAGUUGCCAAGAGAAUAAAAUCAGCAAACCUAUGGUAAGUUGCAAAUGACGGUGGUCUCUUGAAUAGUUUUGAGCUUGUGGAUUUGCUUGUCUUCCUGGUUUCAUUUUCUACUGUAGAUGUACUAUUUAUCAUGUUGGUUCUUGCAGUGAAUGAGCACCUUUUUUUUUUUUGGCUGGUUUAGUUUGAAUUUCAGGCCAUGAAUCGUGAGGAUGCUGUUUUUUUCAGAUCAGGAAAUCAUUUCACUCUGAAGAUGCAAUUAGAAGUGAAUCUUAAAACUUGCAGAAAGGUUAGUGCCAUAACUCAGCAUGUUGUGGGAGGACAUGUUGUGAUGUAAGCGCUAUUAAGUGAGAUUCAUUUACCAGGUGCAUUUUAAUUUGUGCAUUAGCAUGUGGCCACUAUACUCGGAGUGUCAGAGGGAAGAUGAGAAGCUCAAAAUCGUUGACAUCUUCACUUUUUUGUCAGCCACCGCUAAAUUAAGUGAUUUCCAGUCCACCUUAAAAAAGAGUGUGAUGUAAUACAUGCAAGUGGAAAUGUAGUAGUAGAAAUAAUGAGAUAUCGUUAAUCUAAUUAUGAAUUCAUAAAAUUAUGUGUUUACUGACAGUGGGUGAAUUGCUUGCAGUAUGUAAUAGGUUUGUGACUUGUGUGUGGUUUGGGCUUUUGAUAUACCCUUGUAAUCAUCUCCAAAGGUUCAGACGAGGCUGGUGUUUCCACAGUGUGUACAUAAUGCCAUAAUGUGAGUCUCGCCAAGCAAUCGCAUAAGCUUAAACAUGAAUAACAUUGUGUUGUGUUUUCCCAGCCGACUCACUGAGCAUACUGACAAGCUGCAGUGUCUCUGUGAAAAUGUUACUAUAUUGCUUCUAUUCAAAGACACGUAUGGUUAUCAUGCAACAGUAAUUGAUAGCUAUCUGUUGCAGUGCAAUAUAAAUAUAGUUUCACACGGAGUGUUUUUCAAAAAUAAACACAAGAAAAUGGCACAAUUUCACAAA